CUGAAGUUCACCCAAAGCAGCAGUUGGAGCACUUGCACAGGCACACACUUGACAACACAAAUUGCCAGUUUUCCCAGUGCUAGUCUUGCACGGCUCAUCUCUUUUCCCUGGCGUCUCCCACCUUGUUCCUUGGGACCUUUGGACCUGCUGGUUAACUUAGGCCUUUUGAGGGUUCCUUAAUAAGACAAGCUCACGAGGGGGUAGGGCCCCCUGAACAUUAGGGCAGGAAGGGCCCAGUUACAGGUGCUUCAUUCCCACUGCCAUCCCCACCCUGAGGCCUGGGAGCCAGCCUGCCCUGCUUUUCUUCUGCCCGGCAGCAGCUCCUGUUACCGUUUUUUGCAGUCAGAACUUGAAGAAAGUGCUAUCCCCUGCCUGUCUAACCUGAAAAGCAGCCAGGGGCCCAAGGGACACAAGAGGCUCCAGGGACAGGUGAGGGCCUCUUCUCUGCAUCACCACUCAAGCAGCAUCACCAUAGCAACCCCAGGAGUAAACAAUGGUGCCAGAAAGGGCUUCCCCACAAAGCCGCCCCUCCUGGCUCUGAGGCCCAGAAGAAUGGCCAGUAACCGGCAAAGAUCACUCAGAGGGCCCAGUCACCCAUCUCAUAUGGAAGAACCUUUCCUGCAGAUGGUCCAGGCCAGCGAGUCCCUCCCACCCUCCCAAACGUGGGCUCAGCGUGAGUUCUUCCUCCCCAGUGAGUCCUGGGAGUUCCCUGGCUUCACCCGGCAAGCCUACCACCAGCUGGCUCUGAAGCUGCCGCCCUGCACAGAUAUGAAGUCCAAGGUGCGUCAGCGGCUCAUCCACCCUUGGAAGGGUGGUGCCCAGCACACCUGGGGCUUUCACACGUGGCUCGAUGUGUGCCGUCUGCCUGCCACCUUCCCCACCCGGCCUGACAGGCCCUACGAUAGCAAUGUCUGGCACUGGCUGACCGACUCCAACGCCCACAGAUGCCCCCCCACGGACCACCCCAUCCCCCCUCCCUCCUGGAUGGGGCAAAACAGCUUGCUGACCUUCAUCCACUGUUAUCCCACAUUUGUGGACAUGAAAAGGAAGAAGCAGGUGAUUUUCAGGACAGUGAAGGAGUUGAAGGAGGUGGAGAAGCUCAAGUUGAGGAGUGAGGCAAGAGCACCCCCACUUGAUGCCCAGGGCAAUAUCCAGCCGCCAGUGAGCUUCAAGAAAUACCGGCACAUAUCUGCUGGUGGGAGGUUUGAACCCCAGGGCCUCCAGCUCAUGCCCAACCCGCUUCCCAAUAAUUUCGCCAGGAGCUGGCCCUGCCCGAACCCUCUGCCUCACUACCAGGAGAAGGUGCUAAAGCUGGCCUUGCUGCCCAGCGCGCCCCUGAGCCAGGACCUCAUAAGGGAUUUCCAAACCCUGAUAAAGGACGGAACUGCCUUACCCCUCCACCAUCUCUCCAAGGCACAAGCAAGCAAAUCCCCAGCAAGGAAGAGGAAGAGAAGACCUGGACACUUCUAGAAGGGCUUCCAGAGGGGACGAUCGUGAUACCCAGAGCCCCAGGCUCCAGUGUUCUCAAUCAAUGCUCCUUCAGCAAGAGGCCCUGGGGUAGCAAAAGGACUCUGGCUUCUGCAGAACAGCCUCUCCACCAUCCUCCCAGCCUCAAGCCACCUCUGUACCCCAGGCUAUUGGAGAUUCAACUGAAA